AGCGCUGCUCAAUAAUUGGAAAGCUUGUAUUCUUCGCCACAGGAGAUAAUCAUAAGUUUGCUUCCGUUUGGAUAUUCCCACGCGAUCAACGUCAUCCUCCUUUGGAAUAACUUGCAGACAUCGUUGAAAUUUUCUGUGAGAAUGAAGGGGACACUGAACCACAGUAGGAAAUAAAAUAUCUGCCAGUCGUAGCACAUGAAUGAGUCAGGCGAAUGUUGACAGCAAAUAAUCAAAUCCAGACUCCUGCGCAACGUGCUGUCUGUUCUAUCUCUUGACAGAUCACUUGUUCAGUUGUAGCAUACGGGAUCGGAGGAGCACGCGCAGGGUUCGCAAGAUCAGCUCCUCAACUGCUGUAGCCUGUAGGCAGGACACCUAAAGACAGUCGCUGGCUUCAAGAUGGGUGAAGCUGGUGAAAUUCAGCUGCAGAUCGCAGGUAUCCGAGGCCAAGAAGCUGAAGACGAUCAGGGACAGAGAGCUGGGAACGGUGGCGCAUGUCCUGCGACCGCGGCGCCGCGGCCGGCGCUAUCCAAACGGCUCGCGUGGUGGGCCGUGGUUCUUGUCAACAUCGUGUUCGUCCUCGCCGGGCAGAGCGUGGCCACGCUCCUCGGCAGGAUCUACUACGACCAGGGCGGCAAGAGCCUGUGGAUGCAGACGGUUGUGCAGUCCUGCGGCACGCCGCUCGCCAUCCCGCUGUUAAUCUACUUACGAUCCAGGAAGCCCUCCGUGGCGGCGGCUUCCCGGCCGUCGCUGGUCAAGCUCGCCGCCAUCUACGCCGGCCUGGGCGUCCUCCUCGCCGGCGACAACCUGAUGUACUCGUACGGCCUCCUGUACCUGCCCGUGUCCACCUACUCGAUCAUCUCCGCGAGCCAGGUCUCGUUCAACGCCGUCUUCUCCUACUUCCUGAACAAGGAGAAGUUCCGGGCUCUCAUCCUCAACUCCGUCGUGCUGCUCACCUUCUCGGCGGCGCUGGUCGGCGUGAGCCACGGCUCCGACGGGAGCGGCAGCGCCAUCCCGAAGGGCAAGUUCCCGGCGGGGUUCGCGCUGACGCUGUCGGCGUCGGCGCUCUUCUCCCUGAUCCUGUCCCUGAUGCAGCUGACCUUCGAGGAGGUGCUCAAGAGCGACGCGCUCCCCGCCGUGCUGGAGAUGCAGUUCUGGAGCAACACCGCGGCGGCGUGCGUGUCCGUGGCCGGGCUGUUCGCCUCCGGGGAGUGGCGCGGCAUUGCCGGGGAGAUGGCGGCGUACGAGAAGGGCGAGGUGGCGUACGCGAUGACGCUGGCGUGGACGGCCGUCUCGUGGCAGCUCUGCACGAUGGGGCUCAUGGGGCUGGUCGCGACGGUGUCGUCGCUCUUCACCAACGUGAUCAGCACGGCGGGCACGCCGCUGGCGCCCGUCAUGGCCGUGAUCUUCCUCGGCGACCGGAUGGAAGGGGUGAAGCUGCUGGCCAUGCUCAUAGGCGUGUGGGGGCUCCUGUCCUACGUGUACCAGCACUACCUCGACGACCGUGCCAAAGCCAAGAAGCAGGUAGCCACUGGGAAAUGCUGAAAGUUCAGUUCUUUGUGUCGACAGAAGUUCACUUCACUAGUUCAAAGCUGGACCGAUGCAAGUAGAUUUCAUUGGAUCCUCCAAUUGUGGAGAUGACGCAUCCUGAAUACUUUUCAAAGCAAAAAAGGAACCCCAUGCUAUGCUUACUUGCCCUUGUCGUAUUCAGUAAAAACUGAUGGCUGGUGCAAUCAUGGGAAUCGUAGAGAAAAUGGUUAUCGAAAUCUCUGUGUGACUGUGUCUAAUCAACCCACUGUAUCAGCAAAAGCCCUGGUCGUCAACUCCGCUCCGCCGCCGCCAUUGCUCAGACUCAGAGGAGUGGACAGAGAUACCCGGAUGAUAGACGGCGCAAUGCAGUCGGCAACGGAGCCUGUCAACAAUCACCGGUCUUUAUAGGAAGACACUGACAUGCAAGGACCUCACCUUGCUCUUGGAUCUUUCCUGGAUUCUCACCGUGCCUGCCAACAGCUACCAAAAAAAAAAAAAUCGACGAACUCAGCUACAAAUUUGAAAGGGAUUUAUACUAGUCAAGCUUGCUGCUUUCACACGUGCCUGCUUCUUUCUCAGAUUGAAACUGAUAUCAGGACAGAAAAUCCGAAAAAUCACUCCGCCUCUGCCUGUCAGCAGGAAAUGCUUAGCUCGCCAAACCACCACUCUUUCUGUCUUUCAUGUCUGAUCGAUAGUGCUAUAUUGUCAGAUCGAACGGCUGUAUCAGUCGGCUUGCGAAAGUCUUUGCCCUGAUCAUCAAUGUGAUGCAAGUUGGCAUGUGCACGUCAA